UUGGACGGGAAGUCCGCUGAAUCAGAACAGCCUAAGGGGGCGCCCAUCAUGACCGCUGUGGACUUCUCAAAAGUGUACUCUGCUACCUAUAGCAGUGUACCGGUAUAUGAAUUCAAACUUGAUGGUGAAAGCGUGAUGCGAAGACGGUCGGACGACUGGAUCAAUGCAACUCACAUCCUUAAGGUUGCGGGAUUCGACAAGCCAGCGAGAACAAGAAUCCUGGAGCGUGAGGUUCAGAAGGGCGUCCAUGAGAAAGUGCAAGGUGGAUAUGGCAAAUAUCAAGGAACAUGGAUUCCUCUUCCUGAAGGCCGGCUUCUCGCUGAGCGGAACAACAUAAUUGACAAAUUAAGGCCGAUUUUCGACUACGUCGCCGGAGACCGCAGCCCUCCACCAGCACCGAAACACACAACCGCAGCAUCAAAACCCAGAGCGUCAAAGAAUACAGCUAAGAGGAACAUUAUCAAUGAGGAGGUCUUUAGUGCUGUCAAGCCAGCUCGCAACAUGGCGCCCCCGCCUUUUAUCCAUGAACAACAGUACGAGAUUAGCACUGGGUUUGAUGACACCGAGUCCAUUGAACAGGCAACGCUUGAAUCAUCGUCAAUGAUAGCAGAUGAGGAAAUGAUGACGAUGUCACAGAACGGUAAUUUUUCUCGCAAGCGCAAGCGCGGAAUCAAUGAGGCGCCGGUGAUGUCUAUCACUGAACAAGAACAUAUACUUUACGGGGACCAGCUCUUGGACUAUUUCAUGACGGUAGGCGAUGCGCCUGAAGCCACACGUGUGCCGCCUCCACAGCCCCCCUCCAACUUUUGUGUAGAUCGUCCAAUUGACGACUCUGGUAAUACGGCCCUUCACUGGGCCUGUGCUAUGGGAGACUUGGAGAUUGUGAAAGACCUUCUACGAAGGGGAGCAGACGUGAAGGCAUUAUCGGUGCACGAAGAAACACCCCUUGUGCGAGCCGUUCUGUUUACGAAUAACUACGAGAAAAGGACUUUUCCCCCACUUCUCGAAUUACUUUGGGAUACAGUUUCAUUCAGGGACUGGUUUGGUGCCACCAUAUUUCAUCACAUUGCAGAGACUACGCGAAGCAAAGGGAAAUGGAAGAGCUCACGGUACUACUGUGACGUACUCUUGGAUAAGCUGCGCGUUAUGUGCUCGGUGGAGGAAAUGGAUUCCUUAUUGUCUUUCCAAGACCAUAAUGGAGAUACAGCGGCCUUGGUUGCUGCUCGAAAUGGCGCUUUCCGCUUAGUGGACCUGCUUCUUGCACGAUGCCCACGGGCUGGCGACUUAGUGAAUAAGAAGGGCGAGACGGCUGCGAGCAUCACUCGUCGAGCGCAUCCGUCUGAACGCGAUAUUCCUCCCCCCCCUUCAUCGAUCACCAUGGGCAACGAUCAGCUGGACGGCGAAGCACCGGGACUCAUGAAUCCUGACACACAAUCCAGCCACCUUGCGCAGGAGUCAUCAUCCCCUGCCACCACCGCGUUGCUGACCAAAAUCGGUGUAAUAAUGGCUGAGGCAAAUAAGAAACUUGCCGUAAGCUACGGAAGCUCAAAGGCGAAUCAGCAGGAUUCAGACGACGUCGCAAACCCGGAAAUCCUAUACGAGCAGCUAGAGUUGGACCGACAGAAGGUGCAGAAAGAAACGGCCGUUCUGCAAGCGCAAGAGGCUGGAGAGCAACCAGUUGAAGUCCAGCUCGAUCGCUACGAGCAGCUGCGAAGUGGCUACGAGUCACUGCUAGAACAAGUUCAGCAGGGGCGUCUCAGAGAGCGCAUUUCAUCGGUAGUGGUACCUGCAGCAAAGGAGGGCACGACGCCACCCGCCACAGAUCAUGAUAAACUGCUUCGCAUUUACCAGCUGGCUCGCCAACUGUGCUCGGCGCAGAAGGCCCGGCGCGCUGCCGUCAAAGAUCUUGCUCAGCAGACGGCUGACGCGGGAGUAAGCACCAAGUUCGACGUCCAUCGGAAGUUGGUGGCACUCGCCACCGGCCUGAAGGAGGAAGACCUCGAUCCCAUGGCUGCUGAACUGGCCGAAACAUUGGAAUUUGAGCGUACGAAUGGCAAGGGCGACGCGGCUGAGAUGCCAGAUCCCGACUCUCGUAAAUCCGCGACCUUCCCUUUUCCUGGGACGACCGUGUCUGUUGAUGCAUGAGCUCAUCCACGAAUCACCUCUCACAUCAUUUUACCCUUUCCUUCUGACGCUACAGGGCGUCUCCUCUUUUUUUUUUCCCC